CAACCUCUGUGCGGGAUAUCACAUGAUCCACACACACACGUACGUGCACGCGUGUGUGUGUACGGCUCACGCACGCCUGACAUGAUGGACCUAUCAAAAAUAUCCCUACCAAGGCGGCACACUGGGUGAGUCGGGGUCAAUGCCCUCAUGUCGCCAAGACGAGCAGGCAGGUGGGUCUCAGGUAAAACGUGACGUCAUGAUGAUACUUUUGAACUCCUGGCAGUAAAUCCAUAAAGGUGUGUAGUCUUACUGCACAGGUAGCCGGACGGUAAUAAGCCUGAACCUUAGACUGAAGUGAAAAACAGAGAGCCAGAGCCUAACAUGCGCCAGACAGUUUGAUUCACUGAGGUACACCUGAGAGUAACCCUACCUGUCGGACGAGGACACAGGUAUGUACCCCAACACACAGUCGGCCAGACUCCCGGCUCAGACGCUGUCACUGAACAGUCAGUACAUUCCGCCUCCGUAUGACUUCACCGGUUACCAUCACGUCCCGGGAGUCGGUGACCCGUCGACAAGUGCCUGGAACCCGGUCUACGCUCCCCGGGAGGAGUAUCCCUACAGCUUCCCGGGGUCAAGCCCCAGCGCCGGACAGGUGAGCUUCUCCUCCCCGGAGCUGAGCGGCACGCCCACCGCCGCUGGAGGGGGGUCGUUCACUCCAUACAACUUUAUCAACGGACAGGACCUCUUAAACUCCAGGAGGAGACCACAUGAAUCCAUCAGACCGACCAUUUCAGGAGGAAAGACUCGCACUAAGGACAAGUACAGGGUGGUGUACACUGACCAGCAACGCCUCGAGCUGGAGAAGGAGUUUCAGUUCAACCGUUACAUCGCCAUGAGGAGGAAGACCGAGCUGUCAGGGGCACUGGGCCUCUCCGAGAGACAAGUGAAAAUCUGGUUUCAGAACAGACGCGCUAAAGAGAGGAAGAUAAACAGGAAGAAGCUGCAACAUUCUCAACAGGCCUCAACAACUACACCCAACCCACCUACGCUUGGGGGACUCCAUGACGGCCCCAUCGCUACCAGCCCCAGCAGCAACAUUUUGUCUGACACUAUAUCAGAGGAGUACUAGGUGGAUUUCAUAUGGACGACUGAUAUGGCGUGAAAUAUGUACAUACUGUAUUUUGUUUACCACAGAAUGAAUGAAGAUGAUUCACAUCAACAUGUUGUUAUAAUGCUGCACCUCCUGCCUUUCACAAUAACAAGCACUUCACGUCCGAUGCACUGAUCAUCUUUAGUUGGAAUUUGCCAAUCACAGGAUUUGAAUAUGUUAAUAUGGACAAAGAAUCACUGGAUAACAUGAAACUUGUCAAACGUGUGUGACUUCAGACGUUCAUCUCUCUUUAAUACCAAGGGAAGCUGAGCUUCCUGUGGACUUGAUAUCUGGUUGGUAUCUGCGUCAUGAGUAAUAGGUAUAAUGUGUCUGGGGGUUUUUUUAUCUUUUGUUUUUUUUGUAUAAUUUGUCCUAACUGCAUAUGGAAAUGUGUCUCAAAAUUACACUUAAGCAUAUAAAUACAAAUGCUAAUUAAUGAUAAAAGUUCUGCUAAUGCAUACCAUAACAGCUACUUCUUUGAUAAGUAAAAUGAUGCAAAUUUGUCUGUUUAUCACAAUUUCAUACACAGGAAACAGAGAGAGCAGUGUGAUAGUGAUAGUGUCUGUUGAUACUAAGGAAAGCAGAAAAAACAUACACAAAGAGAAAAGUUCAACAAGCCUUUAAUGUUCUUUCUUAUGUAAUAUGUAUGCAUGAUUGCACGGGAAUAUACAUUUUUCUACUGAACAAAUGUGUUACAGUUUGAAAGAGGAAGGAAGCUGUAUGUACCCUAAUAGAAGGGUUAAAAUGGAAAAAAAAAAAGGAAG